UCUUUUCUGUGUUUUGAAGCGUUUCUGGGAGCAGUUAGUGUCAAAUAUUAUAUCAUUAUUAACUUCUCCUUUUUAUUGGAGUGAUUGAUUGACUAUGUGUUGCUUUCUGCUGUUUUUCUGUCAGUUUGUGGUUUUCAAGCGAGUUUAAAGAGCUUCCGGUUCUGAAUUAUAAACACAUUCGAUGUUAUUAUGAAUCUUAUUUGAAACCAAAUGUUCCGCGUCGUUUGAAGGUUUUUAUUCCUUUUUAUUUCUUCUCUGUCAAUAAAGAGCCAAACGGUCAGUAUUUCCUCUCCGGGCUUCCUUCUGUGUCUGAUACUGUCAUUGAUUAGUGUAUAAAGUCCUGUCUGACGUCACAUCUGUGCCGCUCCUCGCUGAUCAAAGAUAAACAACAGAAAUGAAAAACUCUCCUCUUCUGUCCGGGGGGAGAAAAUCCUGAUCGGAUUGAGGGGAAAUUGGUGGCAAUGAAUCCUCCGGGAUUGAGGAGAAACUCCCCCAGCUGCAGCUCUCACUUGUGAUUGGCUGUCGCUGUGAUCCCCGGAGAGCGGAGUCAGAUAAAGGACUGUCCCGCUCUGUCCAUCAUCAUCUUCAUCCUCCUCAUCACCCUCACUUGAGAAGAACAGCUGAUGAGCAGCAUGACGGGCCGGGAGGAAAUCAGCGAGGAGAAGCCCAAAGUCAAGAUGUUAUCUCCGGGCUUCGGGAUCGAUAAGUCCCGACUGCACGGCUCCGGGUUCCGGUCUAAAGGCUUCGCCAUCACCGACCUGCUUGGCCUGGAGUCGGACCUGCAGGCGCGGCAGCAGCCCGGUGGCCCCCCGGGGCCUCCCUCCGGCCCCGGCGCGGAGCCGCAGGGAGCCGGCGGCGGCGGCGGGCUGGGCGGCUUCUCCUUCCAGGGAGGGUCGCUGCCGCUCGGCCUCGGCUUCCUGUGCAGCCUGGCGGCGCAGCAGCCCGCCGGAGCUCCGUGCUUCCUGCCGGGACACCUGCCGCUGCUGCAGGCGCGCGCAGACAGCACCUACCUGCACAACCUGGAGGCCCAGAGGGACGCUUACUCCGAUGAAGAGUGUCUGUCUGACCGCAACGACUCCAAAAGUUCCGGAAACUCUCAGAAGAGAAAGAAAAGGAGACACAGGACGGUGUUCACGUCCCACCAGCUGGAGGAGCUGGAGAAAGCUUUCCAUGAAGCUCAUUAUCCCGACGUUUACGCCCGAGAGAUGCUGGCCAUGAAGACAGAGCUGCCCGAGGACAGAAUACAGGUCUGGUUCCAGAACCGGCGGGCGAAGUGGCGAAAGCGUGAGAAAUGUUGGGGUCGCAGCAGCGUCAUGGCGGAGUACGGCCUGUACGGGGCGAUGGUGCGACACUCAAUCCCGCUGCCCGAGUCCAUCCUCAACUCCGCCAAGAACGGCAUGAUGGGAUCCUGCGCCCCCUGGCUGCUCGGUGAGCCGCAUGCACGAAUGCACAAGAAGUCUCUGGAAAUGUCCAAAAAGUGUUCCAGCCCUCCGCCGUCCGACUCGAUUCGCUCCGACUCUUUCUGCGACGCCUCGGAGAGGCGGGGCAGUGGCGGCGAGGCCCGGGAGGCGGACCGUGAGGUCAGGGAGGAGGAGGAGCUGCUGAAUGAGGAGGAGGAGGAGAUGGAGGAGGAGGAGGAGGUGGCCAUCGACCUGUCCAGCUCCUCCAAACAGCAGCAGCAGCAGCAGCAGCAGCAGGAGGAGGGCGGCGGCUCGCUAAGGUCCGCCUCCUCGCCGCGGCGGCAGAACAGCAGCGAAUCAGAUGAACACAGCUGAAGGCCGGAGGAGGAAACGCCAUGCUAACAUGCAAACAUGCUAACAACAUGAACUGAGCGGCGGUGCAGCCGUCAGACCUGACAGACCUGAUGAUGUCACUGUCUGUGUUUAUUAUCGUAUCGUACUGAGAAUAUGUUUUAUAUCCUUGUUGUUUUUUUGGGAAUAUAAGAGACUAUUUAAUGUUUCCUUCCUGUUGGUUUCUGUGUGUUUUAUAGUUCGACUGUCUGACUGAAGCUCUGUGGAUGAAUGAAUGUAAUUCAAAUGUAAU